GAGGAAUAUUCCUUGGCUAUCACAUCUAACCCCCUGGAUUCCCAUCACUGGUUGGAAACACAACUGUUACUAGUUGUCCUUGAAGAACCUGUUUCAACUCUCCCUCUCCGAAAAAGACAAUGGUUAGGGUUAUUCUUGCAGUAGCGGGCUUCGUUGCCGUCGCGCUUGCCCAGCAGUCAACUUAUACGGGCCCAAUUUUCGACGAAGAUACCGCGCCCUACUUCGGUAGCUCUGGACUUGUGUUCCCUACAAGUGCUGAUGGUACACCUGCGUUUCCGAGCGCUCCAACUAUCACUCCCUCAGCCAGCUCUUCGACAAUCCCUACUCCCAUUUCCAGCUCCGUUUCCGGCUCCGUUUCCAGCUCCAUGCUCAGCUCCAUGCUCAGCUCUGUGCUCAGCUCCAUUCCCAGUUCCAUUCCUAGCUCUACGCUUUCGACAGCCGUCUCGCAGAAUUCCACUAUUUCGUCCUCCUCAACCACUUCGAGCGCCUCAACCAUUUCGAGCCCAGCAACCACUCUGAGCUCUUCGUCUCGUUCAUCUACAUCUGUCAGCGUGUCGCGUACUUCGAGUUCUACGACUGAAGAUGCUACUACAAGUAGGCUAACCCCUUCUUCGACUUCGACAGGUGCGGCCGCCACCAACUUUCCAGAGGCUCUUGGGAUCAUGGUUGGAAGUCUUGUGGCUGGUAUGGCCAUGCUUUAGGUGCUUAUGUAGCGGCCCGCGAUUUUGAUCUGCAUGUCAGCAAUAAUUUAAAAUGAGUAUAUGUUAUUAAUGCUUCAGUAUCCAUAGAGACAAGACACUGCACAAGAAGAAAGAAUUCAUCCAUGGAUCGUUUCGACGUAAC